AUGACAACAAGUGAAAAUCAAUUAGAAAAUGAAAUUGAAUUGUCAGAAGAUCAACAAAUCUUAUUACAAAAAUUAUCAGCGAUAUUUGAUCCUGAAACAGCAAUUGAUUUUGUUUGUCCAAAAACACAGGAAACAAAGCAACUUGUUACAAUUGAAGAAUUAAAAGAUUUUAAUUAUGAACAACCAGAAGAACGUUUACAGCGACUGCGUUCGCUGGAACAUUAUCAGACCACAACGCAGUCGCUAUCUCGAACCGAUCUUGAAGAUUCAUAUCAAGCAUUUAUUCGAGGUCAAGUUGGUCAACAACAAUAUUCUCGUGAUGAACUUGAACAAUAUGUACGAAAUAGUUCUGAUAUAGAUGCAGCUAAACGUUAUUUCGAAUCUGGACAUGAUAUUUUAGGAAAUUCUCUACAAUCUCAUUUAUUAUUUCAUUCAUCAAAACUCAAUGAACAACGAGCAAAUUUAUUAAAAUCAAGAUGUUCACAUAGAAGUUUAAAACAAUUAAAUGAUAAUCUUAGUUUACAACAAUUUUUUCCAGAAAAAUUUACUACUCAUUUACAAUAUCCAUCUAAACAAAAGGAUAUAUUUAAUAAUAAACAAACAAAAUAUUCUCGUCCACAAUCAAUGCAUAUUGAACAUAAAGAAAAAAAAUAUUAUAUUAAAUUUGUUAAAGAUUCAAAUAAUCUUCCAUUUCUUCCUAAACCAUUACAUCGUUCAACAAAUAAUCAUCAUUUAUUUAUCGUAGAAAAAAAGAAUAUUGAAGCAUUAUUUGAUACAGAAAUAUCAACUGAAAAGGCAUUUUCAACAACAUCAAAUACAUCAAAUAUACAUCGUGAAACUUUUCCUCCAUUAUCUUUAUCUGCUUUAAGAGAAUAUCGACCAACUUUAACACCGAAAUCAUCAACAACUGAUAAUCAAAAACAAAAACAAUAUCGAAAAAUACAACAUAAAACAGAUUUUAUAUGGGAACAAUCUAUUGUUUCGUCAAGACAUGAAUGA